GCCAGGGGACGGCAUUCCAUAGAAGGGACGGGCUCGGCUAUCCGCACUGCUGGGCUGUGUGCCAGUACGGUGGGCAUUGCAGGUACACUUCUACAACUGGCAGUGGUGGGCAUGGGGUGAAGCUGACAGCACGUCCCACAGACGAACCAUCCACUCAGCGUUCCAGAACCUCACACAAGAUCUGCACAGAGGAAGGCUUAGUACCCAAGUAUGGGUUUCCAAAUAUAAAGAUAUUGAUGUGAAACUGGAAAGAAAUACUUGACAAUUCCAUCAUGUUUCUGAGAAAACAAUACUUCUGCUGUUCAUUGAUGAAGCUGAACAUUAAACGCUUAGUGGUCCAUUGCAUUGUGGCAGGAUUUGUGACUGUGGCAUUCUUUUUCUUCAUGUUGACUGUGAACAAUUAUAGGUUGCUUCCAAAUAGGUUUGAUAAUCAUUACCUGAAAGGUGAAAAAAAAGAAUCAGGACAAGGAGAGACCCUUGAAAUAUCAGAACAGGCUUUAGAACCUGCCAAUAUGUUUCCCGGCAUGUACCACUUCAAAUAUAUUAUUAAUGAACCGAAUAAAUGCCAGGAGAACCGUCCUUUUCUUGUUCUGCUAAUAGCAGUACAAACAUGGCAGAGUGAAGCUCGUCAAGCCAUCAGGCAAACAUGGGGAAAGGUAGACCUUAUUCCUGGUGUUCGAACCCUGAGAUUAUUCUUAAUAGGGAAAGAUACUGCAUCUGCUAAUGAAACAGAACAAGCUCUUGUGGAUGAAAGUCAAAAGUAUCAUGACAUCAUACAGCAGGAUUAUAAGGACACCUACAACAACCUAGUGCUGAAAACCUUGAUGGGCUUGAAAUGGGUAGCAACAUACUGUCCACAAAUUCCUUAUGUAAUGAAGACAGAUAGUGACAUGUUUGUUAAUACAGAGUAUUUAAUCACUAAACUGCUACUACCCGAUCAACCACCUCGCAGAAACUACUUCACAGGUUAUUUAAUGAAAGGCUAUUUGCCCAAUCGUGAUACAAAGAGUAAAUGGUACAUGUCACCGACACUGUAUCCAGGUGAACAAUAUCCUGUAUUUUGCUCAGGAACUGGCUAUGUGUUCUCUGGAGACCUGGCAGAGAAGAUUUUGAAAGUGUCUGCAACUAUCAAAUUGCUUCACUUAGAAGAUGUAUUUGUUGGGGUUUGUCUAGACAAACUGGGGAUUUCACCUGUACCCCCACCUAAGGAUUCUGAUUUCAACCACUGGAAAGUUUCAUAUUCUCAUUGCCUGUACAACCAAAUAGUCACUUCUCACCAAUUUGAGCCCAGUGAACUGAUCCAGUGUUGGGAGAGUUUACAGCAAAAUAAACACACCUGUGUCUAUGAUAAUAUAUGACUAUGACUGCAAUACCAUUUUUAUGUUCAUACUAAACAUACUGUUAUUUUAUACGGGUUAAAAGGAUAUAAAUAUAGGCACUUUUUAAAUG